AUGCAGUCGACUCAGACCUGUAAGGACCUGUACCUCUCCACUACUGAUACAAUAGUCGCGGGUUCACCCAGCCUGACCAGAAUUUCUGCCCGCAUGUCACGUUCCUUUUCAAAGGAAAGGUACUUGCGUGCCGUAUGUAUGAGACGGAAAGGGCCAGAGGGCGGUGGAGGAGACAAGAUCGGUCAAGCCUACACAGUCACAAAGCCUUCACAUCCUGAUAGCAUAUACUGUGAUGGAGUAUCUCGCUUUGUAUGCGGGAGCGCUGUACCCCAUGUUUCAGUGACCAAGCCGACUUCUAACUUGCCCGGCGAACCAUUUGGGAUCACUCAGGACGUAGUCCCUUGCCUGUCAAACAUCACUGAGGAACCGCUCCCUUUUCUCAGGGAAGCUGUGCGACUCGCCUUGCGCGAUGCACCAAAUUUGGAGCCUUCAUCUCCCUCCCAUUUGACCCCGCAUUACCAUUCUCGAGAAGCCUCCAAAGCGCCUUCCCGAACGAGUUCUCGCCCACCUUCACCGCCGGGUUCUGCCAGCGGCAUGCCUCUAGGUGGCGAUACUCGAGCCAGACUGAGGUCUCGAUCCGGGACUCCCGUCCGCUCGCGCGCGAAUUCACCUUACCGCAGAGAGCCCCCGAGUCCUACCAAUCCAGGCGUUAUGCCCUCUCCCGCGGCCUCUGCAGUGGAACUCCGUGAAAUCUCCCCGCCGCCGAAUGACCCUACGAGACUGGUCGCCGCCCCGGGAAGCAGCCACACCGUCGUUAAUCCAAAGCCAAAGCCUAUCUGCCCAUCCAAUAUUGCAAGAUAUGAACGACACCACAGUAGGGAGAAAACUGACAUUUGUGUGCGAGUGAGAGACGAUCCGAAGACUACACUUUCACUAUUCCACGAGACCACCGAUUCAAUAAACUCUCUACCCUCACACCCAUCCAGCGAAGAGAUGUACGACGUCCCAAAGGACUGGAAGGCAUGUGAGCAUCCCGAAGGUGCAUUGUAUUUCAUGCAUGAGAAGAAGAGAAUAUUCACCGAUGCUUAUCUUUGCGAUGAGGAGAUACGCCCGAUAAUCUGCAAUUCUGUAACAGCUAUCGAGAGUAUGAUGGAAUGGGAUCCAUCCAGCGAAUUAGUUUUGGAGUUGCUCAAAGAUGGAACUUGCGGCUAUUACUUCGCCGAUCUCGAAAAAAAAACUUUGUUCUGGGCGGAAGAAACCUGGGCCACCCAAUCAAUGUUUGAAGAGAUCGAGGGUGAAACAUGGCCUUCGCAUCUGAGUAGGCAAUUUAUUACAUUUCUGAGGUACUAUGCCAAGGAGUCUUCCCAGGACACGAGCUGCAAUCUCGGUAUUGGUGAAAGAGUCCGCAUGUUGGACGUCACGCUGGACAUAUACAACGAGGUCCUUGCGGAACUUACUCACGGGACCAUAGAUUCUCUAACAGCUAGUUACUCUACAUUUCCCUGGGGACACGAAGACGGUCAGAAAAUGAUCAAAUUAGUGGAGGGCCUGAAAGAUCUGGGCAUGUGCGGGGGUCGUCCUGCCGGUGUCGUCGGCCGAAUUAUGAGCGUUCUAGUCCACCAGAAGUAUCUUCACUAUCAUGGGCAACGAGCAGCCCGUCUCGCCUUGGACCAAUCUAUCUAUGAUAAAGAAGACCAUCAUAGAUCAUGGGGCUUCCGAAUCCUAUCUCCUCUUCUUUUCAACGAGCCACGGAUGCAGCUCCAGCAAUUGGAGAAAAUUUGGACCGAUAGGAUUAGUCAUUCUGUACAUUGGAGGAGGACGAUCGACAAACUUCAAGAGGGAUGGGAGAAACUGUCCCUUACUACAACCGUCAUGCUGACUGUCGAUGUUUCCUUCCUGGCAAUCCAAAGCGUGGAUGUCGGCUUUAAUAAGCCCAGUUUUCGUUGCGCGGCUCAGAUAGCCAUCUACUUAUCCACAGUUGCCAGCGCAGGUAGCAUCAUUCUCGGCUUAUUGCUCAAUCGGCACCAUCGAGUGAUGUCUCGGAACGAUGCAGAGGUGGCUCAAAGGUAUAUGUGGAGUAAACGUCAUCCAUCGCGGGGUCUGGAGACUCUUGCAAUUAUGUACAGUUUACCGUACGCGUUGCUCAUGUGGGCCAUUGUCCACUUUAUGCUUUUCGAUCAAUCCUACGGCCUGGUCGCAUGGUUCCUACAUACCGACUGGAAUGGGGACAAUCAUCCAGGACUGGAUCGAGUGGCGGGUUGGGCACAUAUAUGGCCGAAGCAGGAUGGUUGUGAAGAAAGCAAGAUACGGCAGUUCUUUAGGCGAAUGCUGGCGCGUCGGCCGGGUGUGGUUCAAGAUAACGGUAGUAGCCCAGUGGCAGUGUAG